UGCCAGGCCCACUGACUUUGACUUCUUGGCCGUCAUUGGCAAAGGGACCUUUGGAAAGCAGUUUCCUGCAAUUCGGGUCAUAUCGUCACCAGCAGGGAAAGUGAUCUAGACUAGACGAGGUCUCUGUGAGACCAGGUGACGUUAACAAUGAUAGACCCUUUUACAGGAGUGAAUGGCGGGUCGUAUGGAUUGAAGGUCCCCUCAGUGGUACUCUCCAUAAGCAGCAGCUGACCCUUUUAGACAGGAGAGAGAGGAAUAGUGAGCUGUGGCUGGCUUUGCAUUCUACCUGCUGACUGCUGUCUGAUCAAAAUGUGCCGCCAGCUUUAUGAAUCAUUUACUUUCGAGUCCACUGAGGCCUCUUGAGGCUAACCUGAACCUCAUCCAGUCAGACGUGUUUCUUAAAAGGUAUAUUCCUUGUGACCUGAACUCUUAAUGUGAUCGCUCUCCUUAGUCGGCAGGAUUGCAUUUCUACAUGAAAAGUAAUGUUAAUAAGGUUUUUGUUGGCCGCAGGUCAAUGUCAGACCUUGUAUCAACACACUUCUCAGAUUUCUCAGUAUCGCCUGUUUCCACAGAUCACAUAUCUGUGUUGUGUUCUCAGAGGGGCUUGGUGUAAUGUCCUGACAGCGGCGUGGCGAGAUGAUGGCGCCGUCUGUUUACCAAACAAACCACUGACAAACAAACCUUCAUGCAGGUCCUGCUCGCCAAGCUCAAAGCCGACAACAAAUUCUACGCCGUCAAAGUUCUGCAGAAGAAAGUCAUCCUCAAGAAAAAAGAGCAAAAGAACAUUAUGGCUGAGAGAAAUGUACUGCUGAAGAGUCUGAAACAUCCCUUUCUGGUUCGCCUCCACUACUCCUUCCAGACUCCAGAGAAGCUCUACUUUGUCCUCGACUAUGUGAAUGGGGGAGAGCUGUUCUUCCACCUGCAAAGAGAGAGGUGCUUCUCCGAGCCCAGAGCGAGGUUCUACACAGCCGAGGUAGCCAGCGCCAUCGGCUAUCUCCACUCUCUCAACAUCGUUUACAGAGAUCUGAAGCCAGAAAAUAUUCUCUUAGACGCUCAGGGCCACGUGGUGCUGACAGACUUUGGGCUGUGCAAAGAAGGUGUCGAGCCUGAGGGCACCACCUCAACUUUCUGUGGGACUCCAGAAUAUUUGGCCCCAGAGAUCCUUCGUAAGGAAGCCUAUGACAGGACAGUGGACUGGUGGUGUCUGGGAGCCGUGACCUAUGAGAUGAUCUACAGCCUGCCUCCUUUCUACAGCCGUGACGUGGGUGAAAUGUAUGAUGGGAUCCUUCACAAGCCGCUGCCACUUCCUCCGGGGAAGUCUGAGGCUGUCUGCUCUCUGCUGGCGGGUCUUCUGCAGAAAGACCAGCACAGGCGCCUCGGGGCCAUCGCCGACUUUUUAGAAAUAAAGAACCACAGCUUUUUCUCUCCAAUCAACUGGGACGACCUUUACAACAAGAGAAUCACUCCUCCUUACAACCCGAAUGUGAGAGGCCCAGCUGACACUCAACAUAUUGAUCCAGAGUUCACCAGAGAAAUGGUUCCUAACUCGGUGAGUCGGAGCCCGGAGCUCAACGCCAGCAGCAGCAGCAGCUCCAACAACGCAUUCAAUGGGUUCUCCUUCGUUGGCACUGAGGACAGCUUUCUGUAGAGGCAGGAGUUAACUGUUGGAGGGUUUGAACAUUGUAAUGGAUUCAGUGGAGUGAGCACAACUCUUUUGAGUUCCUCAUGUACUUUUGCUGAAAUCCCACGCGACAUCUAUUCUGUGACGACUGCAGGGAUUUCCAACCGGUUCCUCUCGUGGGAUGACGACUGCAAUGGAGACAUUUUAGGUUAAGAUAUGUAAAACGUGUGUUGCCUGGAAGUCCAAGGUCGGUUCUUAGAGAUGAUAGCGAGGAUCGUCAUGAACGUGUCACCAAAUAUACAGGACUCACAAGAAGUAGGAGCAUCUUUCAUUUAUCACUUACAAUAAAAUUAAGUGUGUUUUAUUAUUAUUUUAUAAACUGAUAUUGUCAGUGGGUGGGGAAAAAGACACAAAGUUGUCAUCCUGUGUUUAUCCAAACUUCCAGAAUUCUAUUUUUCUGCAAAAGGGGCGAGCAAACGCAAGAAAAAAAAUCAUCAAACCUUCAGCAAUCUUUGGUGACCACAUAAGUGAAAACCAGGUGCAGCUGGAAGAGGUGCGAGUGCAAUCCUCUGCCAUGGAGUUUGCUCUGAGCAGAAGGAAGAUCAUAAAUAAUCAUAUUAAAAGUAAUAAUGAGGACAAUUCUGGACAAUGAAGGAAGUUGCUGCUGUAUCCCUGUGCCAAGGUGUGGCCCAUCAGAGCCCAUCUCUCAAAUGAGAGACUGCAGAUGAAACACAUCAUCUGUUUCAGUGUGACGACUGUUGAGGUGAUAAACUCCUCCGAAAAGAUCUGACAUUCUACGUUCAUCAAAUAACUCAUCAAUCGUGAUAUCUCUGCUUAACACCCGGUCACUGGAAUACGCUCAAAUGGAAUACAUUUUAAAUAUCUUUCAGUCACAUUAAAAAUAAUUUUUUGUUCAAUCUGCAGAAAAAAAGUGUAGAAAACUUAACAUAAAUGAAAGGUGCUGCGUGGUUUUGGAGGGGUCUGUCUGUGUCUCUGCCAACUGAAGCCACAAAAAGUGACCUGUGCCUGAGAAAGGUUGACGUUAUUGUUCAUCCCAUUUUUAUAGAAAGCAUAUCUGAAUGAACAUUUGUCAAAUAAUUACCAUCACACACUUUUGGCACAUUGACAGGAUAUGCUUAAGAAAAACUGCCUCUUCUGACUUUUACACUGCGUCAGAUUUCACAGGGAAACGGCUGCAUUCCUGGCACAACAUUCACUUUCUAUAUUCAAGAGGGAUCUUCUUGUGCACAGACAGCUCAAGCUGUGGCGAUAAAAUCAGGUCCAAUAUGAUUUUUCUUCCAUGAAAGACCAAAGGAAAGUCCUCACCACAGUGGUUUUGUUUGCUUUGUGGCAAGUAAGAGUCAAAGUUCAUUUGUAGAUGAUGCACUGAUGUUAGAAGAUGCUCCUUGUAGCUCCUUUAAAACAAAUAAAAUGUCAGUCAAC